CUUCGACGGGUCGAGCCGAACGGGAGAUGCUCGCCGCACUCUCCCUGGUCUAUUCGCCAAACGGGCGUAUAUCAGAAACUGAUACAGAAUCAAGAGAGGUGUCAAAAACACAGUUCUGUUUUCCUGCUGAUAGCGCCAUCUCCUGCAGCUGAGAGCUGUGUAGUCCAGAGCUUGCACGGAGGGGCACUAACUGGUCUAGAUACGGCCUUCUCCAUUCAUAGAUGGUUUGUGGCCGAAAGCAUGGCAGGGUGGAUGGAUUACAUGUGCUGGCUGGAAGAUCGGCUGAAGAUAAUGUCGGCUCGUAUAAUGCCGGGAUCAAUACUCGAUGCAGUAGGGACCAGGCCUAUGUCAAAUCACCUGGAGAAAGACAUGUAUGAACUGAAACAACUUGAGGAUAGCGUCAUGGAUCUGCUUGUGAUUCUACCUAUAAAAAUACAGACCUUGUGCUGCCUGGCGAAAAGAUAUCAAGAACUCUGCUCGAGAUUCUGCGUCCCGCCAGGUGCUUGUACUUGUCGCAAAGGAAUCCAAGGAUUUGAAGGAUACUCCGCGGAGGCCCUGAAUUACCAAAAGCGAGCAAAGGUGUUGCAGGCCCGUGUGCAGUCGAUACUGAGCCUACUGUCCGAUCUUGUCGAGUACGAAGAGCUGCGCACCUUAAAACAGCUAGGAGCAGCAUCACAUCAAGAAAGCCGAGCUAUCAAAGAUCUUAUGGUGGCCAUAAUCGGGCUGGUGUUCAUUCCACUAACCCUGGUGGAGAACUUCUUUUCAACUGAGUUUGUCAAGGACGACGGAGAAGACAUGCAAGUGUCGAAGAACGCCUGGAGCAUGGCGGCGGUGGCUGUGCCGUUGACGCUCUUUGUGUUUGCAUUUUGGCAACUCUGGCUGCGAUACGAACAGCAGCUUCAACCGACAGCCCUCGGGAGAGCCUUGCGGAGGAUGUUCAGACGUAGGCGAGCGAAGGUGGAGGAGGAUGCGGUUUGA